AUGUUUUCAUUUUCACUUCGAUAUCCAACUUUACAGUUCGUUAAAACCUCUCGCUCAGCCGUAGGUUUGAAAACUACGAAUUACAAGAUUUGUUCAUCAAUUUCGCGUCGAUACGCUGCUACUAGUGCCAUUCAAGAGAUCUCCACUCUUCUUCUUGUCGAACACAAAGAUAAUGCACUCGCAGUGUCUACAUUAAAUGCACUCACAGCCGCCAAAAAGUUGGGCGGUAGUGUGACAGCUUUGAUCGCGGGUGAAAAUCCUGACUCGAUAGCUAAAACAGUAUCUAAGCUUGAUGGUGUUUCGAAAGUGCUUGUCGCCAAGGAUAAAGUAUACGAACACGGUCUUCCGGAAGUUUACGCGCCUCUAUUGACAACAGCACAAAAAAAACUUAAUUUUACUCAUUUGGUAGCUUCGCAUUCCGCUUUUGGCAAGAAUAUUUUGCCGCGUGUUGCUGCACUUUUGGAUGUUGCUCAAAUUUCUGAUGUUAUUGAUAUAGAAUCUCCAGAAAUUUUUGUCAGGCCAAUUUAUGCAGGAAAUGCCAUUGCUAAAGUCAAGUCCAUUGACCCAGUAAAGGUACUUACAAUUCGUAGUACAACGUUUCCACCUGCCACCACUGUUGAUGCGGAAGUUAGCAGGGAAUCUGCACCCGAUGCAGAAAAGCCAACUCUUGCUGAAUGGGUUGGCGAGGAGAUCCAAAAAAGUGAUCGUCCUGAAUUAGGAUCAGCCAAAAAGGUUGUGUCUGGAGGGAGAGCUCUAAAAAGCCGAGAAAACUUUGAUAAACUUGUAUAUAGUCUUGCUGAUGCUCUCGAUGCAGGUGUUGGUGGUUCACGAGCUGCUGUAGAUUCAGGAUAUUGCGAUAAUGCUUUGCAGGUUGGACAAACGGGAAAAGUUGUAGCUCCAGAAUUCUAUUUAGCUGUGGGAAUUAGUGGUGCAAUACAACAUGUUGCUGGAAUGAAAGAUAGUAAAGUUAUAGCUUCUAUUAAUAAUGAUCCAGAUGCUCCCAUUUUCCAGAUUUCAGAUUUCGGUUUAGUCGCAGAUCUUUUUACUGCCGUUCCCGAAUUGACAGAAAAACUGAAAAAGUGA